GGCGGUGCCUGCGCACGCGCGGCUUCCCGCGCGGCCGGAGGGGCGAGGGCGGCGCGGUACCCUGGUCGCGUCCCCGGACCCGCCGGCAUGUCUUCGCUGCUCGCCAAGGACGCCUACCUGCAGGGCCUGGCCAGGAAAAUCUGCUCCCAGCCCAGCCUGGAGCCGCAGAAGCGCACGUCCGCCAGUAAACCUCGAAGCUCUGAAGCUGCUGGGCCCCCCAAGAAGAAGAGGAAGACGGCGCAGAAGAAAUCCCAGAGGCGGGAGGAGAAGGCUGUGGAGCCUAAGUCCCAGGCCCUGGAGGAGAAGUCUCCCCCAGCUUCCAGGGCUGGAAAGCCAGCAGUAGCCAAGGAGGACGACGCCUUCAGCUCCACGGGAUCCCCAGCAGGUGGGGAUGUCGGGCAGGGCCAGCUGAGAUCAGAUGCCCUGGUUACAGAGCCUGACUCUCUCUUUGCCUUGGAGGUUGUGCGACAGCGGCUACAUGAAAAAAUUCAGGAGGCCCGGCAUCAGGGCCGCGCCACGGAGCUGUCUCCUGCCGCCUUGGAGAAGAGACGGCGGAGGAAACAGGAGCGGGACCGGAAAAAGAGAAAGCGAAAGGAGCUGAGGGCAAAGGAGAAGGUGGCACAGGCUGCAGAGGUUGCUGAGCCGUCCCAUGAGCCCCACGAGCCACCCCCUGAGGAGGCACAGUCAGGGCUGCUCUUCAACAAGGUGGAGGUGACUGAGGAGCAAGCCAGCAGCAAGGCCCAGCGCCGGAAGGAGAAGAGGCAGAAGCUGAAGGGGAACCUGACGCCGCUGACGGGCAAGAACUACCGGCAGCUGCUGGAGCGCCUUCAGGCACGGCAGGCUCGGCUGGACGAGCUGCGGGACCAGGACGAAGGGAAGGCUCGGGAGCUUGAAAGUAAGAUGAAGUGGACCAACCUGCUGUACAAGGCCGAGGGCGUGCGCAUCCGAGACAAUGAGCACCUGCUGCAGGAGGCCCUGAAGCGCAAGGAGAAGCGGCGCGCCCAGCGCAAGCGCAAGUGGGAGAAGCGUACCGCCCACGUGGUGGAGAAGAUGCAGCGACGGCAGGAUAAGCGGCGGCAGAACCUGCGCAAGAAAAAGGCGGCCCGGGCCGAGCAGCGCCUGGAGAAGGCCCACAGGAAGGGCCGCAUCCUUCCCCAGGACCUGGAGCGGGCUGGCCUGGCGUGAGGGCCUGCAGCCCGGGUACCCAGACCACGCCCCUGACCUGGGACUGCCCUCCCACAUCCUGGGACACUGAGCAGGAGCUCCGUCGGCUCACCUUGCCAGUGGGUUCUCAGGGCUCAGCUCGUAUGUGUUAAAGAAGGAGUGCUGCUGAGAAUGGAGGCCUGGAUCCUCCAGAGCCCGGAAAGCUGUGACUGGGCCCGGGGUCCAGCCUUCUCUUAGGAGGUUGUAAAGCUCCCCGGAUGUUUGCAGGGUGAGGGAUGAGUGGAGGCUCCGAGGGCUCUGGGGGGCAUGUCACUGGCCCUUCUUCCCCACCAUGUUGGCAUAAGCUGGGAAAGAAUGGCCUUUGGAACUGCCCAUGUCAGUCCAAAACUCACCUGGAAGGGAGGAAACUCAGAACUGCUGUACCCUGAGGCAGAGGUGGAAUGGGCCUCAUGGGACUGGCAGAGGGUGGAGCUGACCUUGGCUGAGACUGGGAGGGAAUCAUCCUGAGCUGACUUGUAAGAGGAGCAAGAAUUAGAGCUUAAGGUAAACAUGUGCAUGAAAAAUGUUCAGGUGCCUACUGGGUUGGGGGUGGGGGUUGCCUGAGGGACUCAGGCCUGACUCCUGGUUUUGGCUCAGGUCCUGAUCUCAGGAUCCUCAGAUCGAGCCCCAUGUCCGGCUCUAUCCUCAGUCUGGAAUCUGUUUGAAAUUCUCUUACUCUCCCUCUUGCUUUUCCUGCUCUUGCUGUCUCUCAUUUUAAAAUAAAUACAUUUUCUGGGA